AUGUCCUCCAACGGUACGGCACCGUCCAACACCGCGCCCACAAUGCGUGGCAGCGGCCGUGUCCUCGUGGCCUGCGACAGCUGCCGCCUGCGCAAGUCCCGCUGCGACGGAUUGCGGCCUCGCUGCAGCCACUGCGUCCAGUCCGGCCGCACGUGCUUCUACCGGCCGACACCGGCCGGCCUCGAGUCUGAUGCGUCCGUGCUGGCCCGUCUCGCCGACACGGAGGCGCGGCUGCAGGCAAUCGAGGACAAGAACCGCAUGCUUCUGGCGGCGUUUCCGGCGCUGUCGUCACCCCGGACUGUGGCCGCAAACGUACUGGCGACAAGUCAAGGCCAGGCCCGGAGUCCGCAGAGCAACCAAAAUCAGAGCCAGGAUCAGAGCCAGCUGGACCGCCAAAACGCCGACGCGUCCGACGACAGCACUCGCACGCCGCCGGAUCUGCACACGGCCGCCGCAUUCCAGCUGCUGACUCGCUGGCCGCGGCUGACGAUCAACAUGACCAUCCCCGGGCUCGACACGCAGACGUACCUGACGCGCUGCGACCAGGCCGACGCGCUGCUGGAGCGGGCUGGGAGCGAUGGUGCCCGCAAAAGCCUUGACACAGAAGACACCUAUGCGCCCUGGCAGGCCAUCCUGGCCCUCGAGCAGCUGUACGAUCCCAAUAUCUCGCAGAACCUACCCCUGGCCAUAGCAGCCCUGCUGGAGGCGGUGCCAUUGCUGCAGCGGGACCAUGUCCUGGCCAGCUUUGCUGCGAUCUUCCAUGGCAGGGACAACCGUCAAAGCCAGCCGGUGCCGUCCACCGAUGCCAUGGACGCCGACGUGGACCUUGUGGAGGAGGCGACCAUGGCGGCGGCCACACAGCUGCAGCAGUUUCACGGCGCUCGCGUCCACAGCCCGAACAACCACCACCACGACGAGCAGCUGCAUCAACAGCAUCAUCAUCAACAACAACAACAACAACAACAACAACAACAACAACAACGCCGCCCCGUCGGCCAGUCGCCGGCCAUCGACUACGACCGCAUGUCAUUCGCCCAGCUCCUGAUGUACUCCAUUGCUGCGCGCGUGUGCAUAGGCGCCAACGGGAAGGACACUCCGCACCGCCCACGCCAACGCACGCCCUUUGACCCGCCCUCGAACCAGUCGCUCAUGGCCAUGUCGGCACACACCUGCAGCCUGGCUCUCCAGAAGCUGUGGACGCUACAGGCGGGGCCAGCCGAAGUUCGCGUGCCGCUCGUGCUGUUCCUGGCCCAGUACCUGGCCGACUUUUGGGUGCGGCCGUUCCACGCGCGCGGACUGCUCCAGUCCAUCGAUCCAGCCAUCAAGCACAUGGCCAUGAUGCAGCCUGGCGAUCCACUGGUCACACUGUACGCACGGCUGCACUUUACUCUUGAGAGCGACAUCAUCACCGAACUCAACGGUUUCUGUACAUUGUCGAGCGCAGCCUUGCUCGCCAUGCCACCACUGGCGACGGCCAGCACCAGCUCAAUGGUUCCUGUGUCCUCUCUUCUCCAUGCCGCCUCACCUCCCACGCCAUCCGCGCCCGCGUCAGUAUCCACAUCCGCCUCACCGGACACCGAGAGCCACCAGCAGCACAACUCCCUUCAACGACCACCGCCACAUCGGUCACCAGCAUCCCAUGUCGAAAAUCAUGUCCGCCUGCGCAUCCUGCUCAACCGCAUCCUGCAUUUGCUCUAUAGCCCGACCAGGGCCUACGCCCAGCCACGUGAGCUCGCCGACAUCGUGGCGCGCCUGAGCGCCAGUCUGCGUACAUGGUAUCAGGCACAGCCGCCCGACCAGCAAUUCGUUCGCGAUGCCACUGUCUUUCGUAUCCACCAGCCGUCCACCACGACAACGACAACAACGAUGCCCUUCCGGCUGCGCGAGACCGCCCUGCGCUACUUUAGCUGCGUCUUUUUGCUCCACCGCCCCGUCCUCUACCUUUUCUUGCACAACGACCUGGAGAACUCCGACCAGCCGCCCGGCCACAUCCGCGCCCUGCACGUCGACCGCGAGCCCUGGGUCCUCGAGUCGUGCCGCGACUGCAUCGAGAGCGCCGCCCUCUUGAUUCAACUGUCGUUCCCAACGCCCGACGAGCGCGGCACGUCCGCCGGCACCGGCGGCGGGCUGUGCGUCGAAGACGUCUUCGGGUCGUGGUGCGGUCUGCAGAUGCUCUUUGCCGCCUACUUGAUUUUGCUGCAGGUCCGCGCCGUGCCCAGCCUGCGGCCCGUGUUCCGCAACGUGGGCGACGCGGACGCGCUGCUCGACAAGGUCGAGCGGGCGUUUGCGACGCACCCGGUGCACGGGUCGCUGGUGCUGGACACGAGCCUGGCCAUUCUGCAGGACGAGCGGCGCAACUUUGCCGCGGCGUCGCCCUAG